GAGGCAGGCCUUCGCCGAGUGGAUGCCCUCGCACGAGAGCUCCGCUCCGAGGCGGAGGCCUCGGAGAAGUCCUCGGCGCAGCGAAUGGCCGCGGUGGAGGUGAACGUGGGCAACGACAUGAAGCGCCUGAGGAGCAUGAUGUCUAACUUCGUCGGCCAGCUGGAAACCAUGCAGGUCGAGCUGUCUCAGCUGGCACUGGCACGCCUGGAGCCGCGCGUGAAGGCGCUGGAGGACAAGGGGGGAACAAAGGGUGGACAUGAUGUGGACAGUGAGUCCACUACAGACACAGGGAAGACCAGGUCCAUGACGGAUCCUGAUGUGAGCAGCGCCUCGAAUUGGCUCAGCACCUUGUCCAAGGUGGUGUCUGGUCUUUCGCCGGGCAAUACUUCGACGCCAAGGAAGGAGCAGUUGAGGCAGGGCCUGAAAGACAAGCUCAACGUCAUCGCUAGCUCGGUGCACCAGGUGCUGGGAGCCUUGGACGGCGAGGACGCGGAGUCGGCAUUGUCCGACUCCCAGAGUGGCUCCGUGACUGUCCCUCUUCCUUUGCGACCCGCAGGCACUCUGGAGAAGCAGCUUACGCAGCAGCUGGAAGAGUCGAGAUCGUCAUCCCGCCUGGCGCCGGUCUCGGAGAGUCCGAGAUGGAAGGGAGCAGCUCCUUUCCAUGGACGAGAAGAGG